ACCGUCAUUGUGGUCUACCUUUUUGUUUGCAUAGUGGGACUGGUGGGCAACUGUCUGGUAAUGUACGUUAUCAUCAGAUAUACAAAGAUGAAGACAGCAACAAACAUCUAUAUUUUCAAUCUAGCCCUUGCAGAUGCAUUAGAAUUAAUCACAUUACCUUUCCAGGCAACCGACACUCUUCUGGGAUUCUGGCCUUUUGGAAAUAUACUCUGUAAAAUAGUAAUAUCAAUUGACUAUUACAAUAUGUUCACCAGUAUCUUUACUCUGACAGUGAUGAGUGUUGAUCGGUACAUAGCCGUCUGCCACCCUGUUAAAGCAUUAGAUAUAAGAACCCCCUUCAAUGCAAAGGUUGUCAAUAUGUGCAUCUGGAUACUUGCUUCUGUGAUUGGAAUACCAGCAAUGAUUAUGGGAUCGGCUGACAUGGAAAACAAUGAAAUUGAAUGUCUUCUGGUUCAUCCACAGCCCCACAGUUACUGGAAGCCCACAAUUGAAAUAGCUGUGUUCCUCUUUUCCUUCAUUAUUCCAGUUGCUAUCAUAACAGUUUGCUACACACUAAUGCUUAGACGGUUGAGAAGUGUGCGUGUGCUUUCUGGAUCAAAAGAGAAGGACAGGAACUUGCGUAGAAUCACAAGAAUGGUCUUAGUGGUUGUUGCUGUUUUCAUCAUCUGUUGGACCCCAAUUCAUAUUCUAGUGUUAGUGCAGGCUGUCUGUAAUCAUGAAAUCAUGACAAUUAUGCCGAGCUGGUAUUUUUGUGUUGCUCUUGGAUAUGCCAAUAGCAGCCUCAAUCCUGUCCUUUAUGCCUUUCUGGAUGAAAACUUCAAAAGGUGCUUUAAAGAGUUCUGCUUUCCGUCCAUUUUUAAAAAAGAACUUAAGGUGUCAAACGGGAUGAGAAGUAUCACAAGAGGUGUUGCUUACUCAUGUAAGAAUACAGAUGGCACAGAAAAUGCUGCAUGA